AAUUUAGUAAACAAAUAGAUUUUCUCCCAGCCCACGUCUCCUCGCUUGUCGUUGCCGUAAAAAAUCCAUUAUUGGCCAAAAUCGAAGAAACAAAAGAAUAAUCCUUACAAAUCCUUUAAUUUCGCAACAAAUCCAAUCAAAUUGGACUGUACAAAAUGCGUUUACGCAUCGGUCGUUUACGUUAUCAUUAUGUGAAAUUUGUAAUAUUAGCAAUGAUUUGUGGAGCCGGUCUCUAUUAUUAUUUUGCAAACAACGCUUUGGAUCUGGAUAAACGUUCGCAAAUCGCCAUAAUGGAACGUUCAAUAAGAUCGGUGGUUAACAAGGGUGAAUGCUUGAUGCCAGAAUUACCCAUUGAUAAUCCGGAAAUAAUGAAAUUCUAUAGAAAAGUUGACAAAGUGGAUUGUGGGAGGACCACGGAUGACUGGGUAAUGUGUGAGAAAUCUAUUUGUUUUGUAAAACCAGAGGUAUUGGCCUUGCACGGAGAAGUGAGUUGUUUUUAUACGGAUAUAAUUCGUAAGAAUGACUUCAAGUCUCGUUAUGGAAAAUCAUUGCGCACAAGUGAGCCAUAUGUAUUGCAAGAAUCGGAUUUUGUUAAGGUCUUCUGUACGGCCAACGAUGGUGCCAGUUGGUUUGGUAUGGCCUAUGGCAUACGUGAUGGGGUUGAAAAAUCCAUUGUCCACAAACCGGUACCGCCACCCUUGGAUGCCAAUCCCAAUCCCAUGAAUGUUUUGGACUCUCUAAACGAUUUGCCACGUUAUUUCAAUGUCUUGAUGUUUGGCUUCGAUUCUCUGAGCCGUAAUGCUUUUAUACGAAAAUUGCCCAAAACCUAUGAAUACCUGACAAAGAAAUUGGGAGCCAUUGUACUGACCAGUUACAAUAUUGUAGGGGAUGGCACUCCCCAGGCCCUAGUACCAAUUUUAACCGGUUACAAUGAAUUGGAAUUGCCCGAAACACGAAAACGUAUGUCGGAUGCAUUAAACGUCGACAGGGCCUACCCGUUGAUAUGGAAAGAUUAUGAAGAACAUGGUUAUAUAACAUCAUUCAAUGAAGAUUUACCAAAUGUCGGAACAUUUACAUAUCGCAUGAAGGGUUUCGAAACCCAGCCUGUACAUCAUUAUUUGCGUACCUAUUAUUUGGAAGUUGAUAACAUCUUGAGCUCAAGUAGUCCCCAUUGUGCUGGUCAUACGCCGGGACAUGUGGUCAUGUUGGACUAUACGAAAAAUUUUAUGGCGAAGUAUAGUGACACCCCCAGAUUUGUGUUUAGUUUCCAUGGUGAUUUAUCCCAUGACUCCAUUAAUUUGAUUGAAGCUGCGGAUGAUGAUGUUGUGGCUUGGUUUGAAGAUCUCCAGCACAGAAAGUUGUUGGAUAAUACAAUACUUAUCUUCAUGGCCGAUCAUGGAAAUAGAUUUUCCGAUGUCCGUUCCACACUGCAGGGCAAACAGGAAGAACGUUUGCCUUUCUUUAGCUUUACAUUUCCCGAAUCGUUUAAGAAACGUUUUCCCCAAGAAUAUGGCAAUUUUGUGGAGAAUAGUGGACGCUUAACAACGCCCUAUGAUAUACAUGCCACACUUCGGCAUAUUUUAGAACUACAAAAGGUAACCUACAAUAACAACAACAACGAUGAUACCUAUGACAGUGAAGAUACACAAAAAACCUCCAGCAACAAACCAAAUAUACCAAUAUCCGAUUUAGCCAUAAAUCGGGCCAUAUCCCUUUUUGAUCCAAUACCCAAAAAUCGUAGUUGUGCCGAUGCCUACAUCGAACCGCAUUGGUGUGCCUGCCUUAAUUGGCAACAGUUAAAUGUGAGUGCGGAAAUGGGACCACUACUAAAGGCUGCCAAUAGUAUUAUUAACACAAUUAACAAUGCAACUGAAACCUUUCGCCAGUAUUGUGAAACUCUACAAUUAAAACAAAUUAAUUGGGCAAUGCGUUUAAUGCCACAUCGUGCCCUGUUGGCAUUUAAGCACAAUGCUGAUGUGGAUGGUUAUAUGGCUGAAAUGGGUGAUGCGACACGUACCACCGAGGAGAUAUAUCAAUUGCAAAUUAUGCUAACACCAGGUGAUUCGCUAUUUGAGGCAAGUGUUUAUCAUAAUUUGGAAACGUUUACGAUGCGCACCAAACUAACAGAGAUAUCACGCAUCAAUAAGUAUGGUAGUCAGGCGAAUUGUAUAUAUGAACGUAAUCCGGAAUUACGUAAAUAUUGCUAUUGUAAGAAUUAAGACACACACACACACACGUAGAGACAGACAGUCAGGUAUAUACAAAGAGAUACCUCCUCUAUUUUUUUGAUAAUUUUAGUAUUAAGCCAAAGAUUUUUUUAUAUAUACAUAUACAGGGGCGCUUUAUCACAUAAUGUAUAUGUGUGUAACUGCCAUAAUAUUAUUUUUAAUUAUUUUUUUCUAGUUAUGUUCCUUAUUUUAUUUUACAUCAUGACAUUUAAAUUUAAAAAAGACACUUUUGAAACGAAAAGACAUUUUUGAAACGAAUAUUUUAGCCUCAUAACAUUUAGAUUUGAAAAAAGACAUUUUUGAAACAAAUAUUUUAAGUUUUCUAAAAACAGUUAUCACUGUUAAAAAAAAGACAUGACACACAGGAAUUAUUACCCAGUUUUAUUAUGUUAAGUGCAGAUCUAAGUCCAAUAAUCUAUCCCCUCUCAUUCCAAUCUCAUUUUUUUGUUUAGUUAAGUAGUAAAGUUUUUUUGUUUUUAACCAACAACAAAUUUAAAUUUGAUAAAUAUUGUUUUUAUUGGCAAAACAUUAUUGAUCUCGAAUAAAAAAAAAAAUAAAUUUUAAUUUUGACCUAACCUCAAUUUGGAAAAUUA